AUGCUCAAACAGCAAAAAGCUACCGUCUUCUUCCAACGUUCGCGCGUCACUUUGGCCUCGUCCUUUCCCACCUCCUCCAAGAUUGCCAAGAUGGCCGCCGAAGAUGGAUCUGCUCGCGCCCAGCAGCAAGAGUCUGGUCAGAUCAAGCAAACCAGGCAGGCGCGGCCGCCAUCUGUCUACUUCCCCCUCGGCUACAAGGAAGCCGCCUACCAAUGGUGGACCAGCGUUACGCCGCCCAUGGUCGAGCGCAAGGUCCUCUCCUUCAUUCCGACCCUGCGCGAAGCCGCCGACAGCGCCGCCAACCCUAAUGCCUCGUCGACGCCCGACCCCCUCGGCACGCGCGUCUGGCGCCGCACCAUGGUCCAGCUGUCGGGCAAGAACCGCGCCCUCAACGAGGUCUGCGUGGAAAAGAUUGGUGACAAGACGGAAGAGACGCUCGUUGUUGUUCACGGCUACGGCGCCGGCCUUGGCUUUUUCUACAAGAACCUCGAGCCCAUUACGCGCAGGCCUGGCCUCAAGCUCUACGCCCUCGACAUGCUCGGCAUGGGCAACUCGUCCCGCCCCGCCUUCCGCAUCCACGCCAAGGACCGCGAGCAGCAGGUCAUCGAGGCCGAGGACUGGUUCAUCGACGCCCUCGAGGAGUGGCGUCGGAAGCGCAAGAUUGACCGCUUCACCCUCCUCGGCCACUCCCUUGGCGGCUACCUCGCCGUCUCCUACGCCCUCAAGUACCCGGGCCACCUCAAGAAGCUAAUCCUCGCCUCGCCCGUCGGCAUCCCCGAGGAUCCUUACGCUGUCAACGCCUCCAUGCCCGAGCCUGACGAGUCUACCCUCGCAAACGAAUUCACACAGGACCAGACUCAAAUUACCCAGACCGGCCAUGACACAGCCUUCGCCGCCAAGGCUGCUGCCGCCGCCGCCGCCUCCAGCAAAGCUCCCGCGCCGCCAGGGGCCCCCAAGCGCCCCAUCCCAAGCUGGCUCGUCUGGCUCUGGGACGCUAACGUCUCGCCCUUUAGCAUCAUCCGCAUGACAGGGCCCCUCGGCCCGCGCUUCGUCUCGGGCUGGACCUCGCGCCGCUUCAAUCAUCUCCCCGGCCCCGAGGCACAGGCCCUCCACGACUACGCUUUUUCCAUUUUCAAGCAAAAGGGCAGCGGCGAGUACGCCCUCGCCUACGUCCUCGCCCCCGGCGCCUACGCCCGCCGUCCCGUCAUCAACCGCAUCCAGGACGUUGGCCGCCAGCCUAUCCCCUCACCCGACAGCAGUGGCAGCGACGCGCCGGCCAAGAAGGAAACUGGCUUCCCCAUCGUCUUCAUGUACGGCGAAAACGACUGGAUGGACGUGGCUGGCGGUCUCGCUUCGGAGGAGAAGCUGAAGAGGGCGCGGGAAGAGGCGCUAGCGCGCGCGACGGACGAGGAGAAGCAAAUGGAAAACGGAAGCGUCAAGGUGGUGAUUGUGCCCAAGGCCGGUCACCAUCUCUACCUUGACAAUGCCGAAUUUUUCAAUGACGCCCUGCAAAAGGAAAUGGACGACGUUUUUGCCACGUCCAAGAAGAGAAACGAUCACUAA